AUGCGCAGCAAAAUCGACGCUCGGGUCGCCCAGAAGGUCGCUGCAAUGCCCGACUUUGCCAAGACUGAGAGAAGCAUGCCAGACAAGGCAAAGGCCUUCAAGAUGGCGGAGGAACUCGUUCGUGGCUUUCAUUUCGCUGAGAAUGCCAUUGGUCCUGAGACUAGAGCCUCUCUCGAAAAGUACAAGAAGUACCAGAGACUCAUUCUCCGUCGCGCCGAUUUGAUCUUGACGAUCGCCCUCGAAGUUGGAGGUCCCCAGGCAGGAAGGGACCGCUUGGCUGAGCUCCGUGAGUUCGACGUUCCCCCUACCUUCGAGGAGGCCAUGACCAUCAAGAAGACUUGA